AUGAACUCCCUUCCCUCCUACGAAGAGCUAAGACGCGGAUCACUAUCAUCGGAAACGGAAUGUCUACAGUACUGCUUGGAUAUCGGAAUGCUGCGACCUUUCCAAACUUGUGAAGAGUGCAACAACUUUAUGACCUUGAAGAAAUGCCCAACGAGCAAGUACACAGACGGCUACUGCUGGCAGUGUUCAGACACUUCUUCAGACAUCGACCACUUCUGCUCAGUGAGAACCGGGAGUAUCCUCCACAAACGCAAGCUACCCUUCUCCGUAUUCCUCCACAUCAUCUGGCUGUUCUGCAACCGACUGAGUGUCUGCGACGUAGCACGGAUCAUAACCAUCAGCACCGGCUGUGUACGGUCCAUCUUCUCCUCGAUCCGAAAUUGCAUGCUUGAAGACCUGUUCGACAACGGUGCACGUAGAAAGAUUGGUGGGGUCGGCUGUAUAGUGGAGAUUGACGAAUCCAAAUUCGGUAAACGAAAAUAUAACAGAGGUCGACGUGUAGUCGGAAAAUGGGUGCUGGGUGGGUUCUGUAGGACUACUGGCGAAUGCUUCUUAGUGGAGUGUACCGGCAAUCGACGCGAUCACAACACCCUAAUCACACUCAUCAAGGAGCACGUUCUACCGGGUACAACUAUUCUCACCGACAAGUGGAAAGGUUAUAACGCCCUGCAACACCACGGAUUUCCUCAUCAAGUUGUCAACCAUAGUCGAGGAUUUGUGGACCCGGUCACUGGUGUUCACACCAACAGCUGCGAAGGGAUGUGGUUCCACGCUAAGAACCACAUGCGAAGAGGAACCGGUCGUACCCGAACGGAUUCAGCAGCCAUGACUGUAGCCUUGUCAGAAUUUAUGUGGUGUAAGCGAUACGGACUGACAAGAGACAACGCCUCCGUGAGGAAAGCCUUCAACCAAGAUAUCCCAGCCCUAUUCAGAAGAAUUUUUGAUUAA